CCCUUUCCACACGGAUUCCGUUUGGCGCGGCCCCCAGCUCAGAGAGAACUUUCCUCCUCCUGGCUCCCGCUGCCGUUUUGUCCGACUGCCUUGGCUAGCAACCCUCUUGUGCAACCCUCUGCCCGGACUUCCUGCGGCCGCUCUCCGCUCCCCUCCCGCCGCCGCUGCCUUCGUUUCUCGCCCUUCUUCCCUCAGUCCCGCCCGCCGCCUUCUUUCCCUCUCUCCAUCCGGCCAGCCCCUCUGCAGUGAUGUGCGACAAGGAAUUCAUGUGGGCUUUGAAAAAUGGAGACCUGGAUGAGGUGAAAGACUAUGUUGCCAAGGGUGAAGAUGUUAAUCGGACACUAGAAGGUGGUAGGAAGCCUCUUCAUUAUGCAGCAGAUUGUGGGCAGCUUGAAAUCCUGGAAUUUCUGCUACUGAAAGGAGCUGAUAUUAAUGCUCCAGAUAAACAUCAUAUCACCCCUCUUCUGUCUGCAGUAUAUGAAGGUCAUGUUUCAUGUGUGAAACUGCUUCUAUCAAAGGGUGCUGAUAAAACUGUGAAAGGCCCAGAUGGACUAACUGCCUUUGAAGCCACUGACAACCAGGCAAUCAAAGCUCUUCUUCAGUGAUGGCUGGAUGGACUGAUCCAUAUGGAAGAAUGCCUCUCCCGUGGCCUCACACUGCUGCCUGUCUGUCUGUCACUCUCUAUCUGCCAGCUUCUUCAGCUAAAUACUUUAAGAGAGGUGAGGGGAGAGAGAAAUUCAUAAUAAAUCAGACUACCAGAAAAACUAUUUUUUAGAGAGUAAAUCCAUAUGAUCAGGACUUUAUUGGGAUUCCUGAUCAUGUCACUCUCUCAUGUUUCUAAUAAAAUUCAGCUCAUGCCCUGUGGAGGGGCAAAAACAAAAUAUACUGUUUAACAUUCAACCUGUGCAGCUCCCUAACUAGUUCUAUUAAUUAGAUUGUGUCGAAAGGUCUGAUUAUAUAAAGGCCUACUUCUAUAUAUUUUGUAGCCCUAACUGUGGAAGCAGUGGUGGCUACCAUGUUGUAAACUUAGGGUGCUGAGAUAAGCAAUUAGCUAUAGCCCUCUGCCUUAAGAUUGCACUGUAAUGGGGAUUUCCUGGCCUGGUUAAGAGUGUUGCCUAUGGUUGGUGACCAAAUCUUUCCUCAGUAACUUUGAUUUAAACAAAGGCUCGGUUCAGAUGAGGAAGGGCAUAUACCCCUAAGUAGCUGGAUGACUGGACUUUGAAUUUCUCUUCCCUUUCCAUGUGGGUUUCAUGUGUCCUUAAAUAAAACUGACCAGUCUUAUUUAUAAAAUCUUUGAUUUGAGGGUCUGAGGAGAAAUAGCAUUCCAAUAUAUUCAUUUUCUCCUCCAGUUUGAGAAAUGUGUAUUAUGUAUGAAACACUUUCAAACUCUUCUAGCAGUGAGCGGGGAUUUAAAAGUAGAAUCAUAGCCAUAAGUUUGUUAGUAUUAUACAAAAAGGAAACAUGUUUCCUGGUAGCUGAAGGUUUUCUUCUACUUAUUUCUACUUGGAAUUUUUCUUUGAAAUUAAUUUUAUUUGAAGAAUCAAGGAACAUAACUUAAAUACCAUCCCUACAUUGAAUGUUGAUACUUAUGGAAUGAGAUUACUUAUUGUACCAUGCUAGGGUGGGGUUUAAGAUUUGGGUAAAUUUGAUUUGAUCAAGUCUCCUCGAACAUAAUUUGUUACCAAAAAUCUCUUUUAAGUUUUUGCUGGACAAGUGGCAACCCACAUUGUAGUUUCCUAUUUUAAAAUCAUGUAUCACAAAGAGUAUGAUACACUUUAAAAAUGAUUCUGUACAUUUAGAAUAAGUACUCAAUUACAGUGUUUUUAUAACUUGAAGAAAAUAUUGUACACAUUACAUAUUUGUUUCAUGAGCAUUAUGGCAAAAUAAAGUAUGAAUACCUAAUUUUAAUAUCUCGCAUUUAAAUAAUGACAAAAAUCAGAAGUGUGCACUAAAUAGAAACAUCCAGAUAAGUAUAAUUUACUAAUAAAUGUUAGAUUUUUUUUUUCAUCUAAGUUACACGAUUUUGAAUGUACCUCAGAUUCUUUUUUAAAGGCUUUGCAUUCAGAUUGUGGAAUGGGAACAAUUUAAUGAAGAUUUUUAUACAUAGUGCAGCAUCCUUCCAGAGAAUUAAAUUAUUACUAAGAACAACCAGCCUGGCCAAUACCAAAUCAUAUUAAACAGUUGCUGAUUGGUUAAGUGUAGUGGGUUUUUUUAAUUCAAGGUUCCUUCCUCCUCCCUAAGUGACUCCACCCCCUUCCUACUUCCACACCCAGUCCAACCCCAUGAUUUCUCUUAUUCUGAGAAGCCAAUCACUGAAUAAUUAUUUUUAAAUGACAAGUAUAUUUGGAUAGUUUUGCCAUCUUAAUACAGCCUUUUUAUAUUUAAUGAACAUUUAUUAAUCAGGGCUGGCCUACAUCACUGAACUAAAAUGGUGGUGCCUCUAUUAAAAUGUAGGGCACUGGGUCCAUUUUAGUUCCGCUAAAGUAGUACAGUGUGUGUGUGGGUUUGGGUUCUAUUAGCAUAAUUCUAUUUAAAGGCUUAGAACUUACCCUUUACAGAGUUUCCCCUUUACCUUUCAAAGUGUUUCAUUGUAGUUGACUAUUGCAGUACAAUGUGCUUUGUACUCCUUUCCCAGGCCUUCUGAUUUCCUCAGUCAUUGUGGUAUAUAAAACUAUUUGAUGCUUUGUACAAGUUAACCUGUUUCUUGUAAUUCAGUAAAGGCAGUUUUGCCUUUCCACCUUCCCCUUUACCAUCUUGUAAGCAAACCCCAUCAUCGUGAAGAGCUCCCUUGCUAAGACAACACAGUGUUGUAAAUAAACUGUACUGACCAACUGAGAUGGUUUGGGGUUUCUUUUUACUUUUACUUCUUAAAUAACUGCAUUAUUUAUAAUGUAUCUCUGAACUACUUUGGCAGAGAAAUUGACAACAACUUAACAUUAAUUUUUGGGGGUAAAAAAAAAAAGCUAAAACUAUCUUCUUUUUUUGCACUACAUGAAUCAGCAAAAGGUCAAAUUAAUAUUUUUAUCCUCUUAAUGUAAAAUUAAGCAUCUCAGAAAGAUAUCUUGCAUUUUCUUGAGUUUUCUAUUCUUUCAUUUCCUAUUCUGGUCUCAAGUAAUAAUGUACAGGUGGCUUACUUUUGCCUCACACCAGCACAUCAGUGAAGUGUCAAAUUACAACCGCCACACCUAGACAGAUUGCUAUGGACUUGGAAAUUCAGACAGUCCCAUCCUUUUCCUUUACACACCCAUAUAUUUCUUCUAUGCACAGCACACUUUCCUAAAUUCUAGUUGUUCACAAAGGACAGGUAGAUAGAAUAUGUGGAAGCUGCUGACAAGUAGGCCAUUCAUUCUUUAUUGUUUUCACCAAACCAUGGUUAGAUUUAAAGACCUAUAAAUAUUUACUGAGUUUUACAUCCUCUGCACCCUCUACUUUGUUAUAAUACGUUUGAAUCUUAAAUUGAGCUGCUACCUUCUCCCAUGCAAUAUUGUCCGCAUGAGUGUCUAUUAGAAGAAGCUGGUGAGAGUGCACUCCCACAUAAGCAAUUGCAGUGUUUUGCAUGCUAAAUAAGUAAAUAAAUGAAGCUGUCCUAAUUCUAUUUUGUAAAUGGAGGAACAAUCAUAUCUUUCUAAACAGUAAUAAAAUAAAAAUUUAAAGAACUAGUGCUUUUGUGCAUUUUGAUAUAUCUGAGUUCAUUUUUCCACAAUGUAAUUCUUUUGACAGUUAGGUUUCUCAUAUUAUCCUAGUUCAUAAACAUCAGAAUGCUAAAUAAUACUGUGUUUAAGUUUUGUGUUGCAAGAACAAAUGGAAUAAACUUGAAUUGUGCUACA